AAUUACGGUACCGGUAUCACAAUUGUACAGCCUAAUCAACACCAGAACUACUCCCCCUGGAUUUAGGUCAAUGGAUUUUCGUGGGAUUAACACUGAAGAAAUCAAAAUGGGCUUUUAGUGCUAUAAUGAUACGGAAGUUUUCUUUUUAAAGUGAUUAGAGACUUCAAUUAGGGCAGGUUAGGUGCAACCGUGGUCAACAGGUUAAUCAUGGCUUCCAGUAGCUUUACGCCCGGUAUGGGUUACAAAGCCAUCGACAAUUAUAAGGCUACGAACCAAUCGGAUGCCCUUCAUUUUGAAGAAGGACAGACCAUCGUAGGUUUGCACAUUUCUGAUGACAAUAAAUGGUUAUAUGGAGAAAUCGGCAACAAAAGAGGAUGGUUUCCAACUGAAAAAACUGUCAGAAUUCAAUCAGAGCAAACACCUAUCCUGCCUCCAAGAAACUUAAGAAAACAGGAGGAAUCUGCAAUAUACCUAGACCCCAAUGAAGUCAGCGUUCCAUUGAAGAAUGAACCAAGGCUGUUGGUUCGAACUGAUUCAGUGCUAUCUGGUAUUUCUAAUAUUUCUGACUUAACAGUUGAUGAUAGCAUACCACAACCGAAAACAGCUACAGAUUAUGCCAAUGCCGUUGAUGGCGCAUUAAAACAAUUGGAGCUACAGCAGCAGGUUGAUUUCCAAUCUACUGAUACAUAUGUAGAGAUAACAACUGGACCUAGUCUAAGGGGAAACCACAGUCAAACAUACAUAAACACUGAUGAGCCAUAUUACAUGAGGAUGUCUCCCAAACCUGGUGGAUUAAAUAGGCCUACUAGUUUCGACAAUAUACCUAUUCCUUCAAAGUCUGGAAAGUCUUUCAGGUCCUGCAAUAAAGUGAUUAACUAUGUUACAUAUCCUCGUGUUGAUCGAGGACACACUUCUACGCCACUGCGGGAUCUCAUGGAAUUCAGCUAUUGUGAUCAUUUCUGGUCUGACAAGGAAGGUGGAAAGUCUGGAUUUGAUGUUCUCCUUGAAAAGCAGCAACUUGGUCGUGAAAUGUUUCAACAAAUGUCAAAAGUCAUCAGAGAUAGAGCUGCUGUGGAGGAAACAUACGCAAAAUCAUUAUUGAGGAUUUCUAAAACAAAUCUUGGAAUGGACGAAGCAGGGACAUUAGGAGCUGUGUGGAGGGACAUAGUUCGGUCUGUUGAAGAAGAGGCAGAGGUUCAUCGCUUGUGGGCGUUUAGCCUGGUUGACAAAGGAAGAAAAGAGUUAAUGGCAUACGCCCAGAAAGUUCGGGAUGGUACAAGAAAGGCUACAGAACGUGUAACAAAAAAGAGGAAGCUUCUCCAAGGUAGAUACAACGCAAUAGAUAGGGCGAUGAAAAAAGUGUCCGAAAAAGAAGAAAAACUAAAAUCUAGCCGAACAAACGCUGCAAAGCAACGAGCCACAACUGAGUUUGAUCAAGCUGAGGAUGAAUUAAAUUCCACAAUAAAGUCUUACAACGAAGCCCAAGGGAAUUGGAUAUCAGAAAUGGUGAGGUCGUCUUUGGAAAUGGAGCGUUUUGAGGAGCAGCGUGUAGAAUUAAUGAAAACAAGUUUUGGUAUAUAUAUUAGCGACAGAAUAAAAGUUGCUGAACAGCUUGAUCGUAGUACCGAAUGGCUAGAUGGAAGAAUACAGACUAUAGAUCCAAGAUUGGAUAGAAAAGAGUUCGUACUCGCGUGUGGCACCGGCACGCUCAGACCAACCGAUUUCACAAUGGACGUUUGAGGAGACAACAUUGAAAAAUAAUGUAUUACUUCUAUGUAGACUUAUUUAUAGCCCUCUGAGUUAAGAAUUGAACUUAAAUGAUAUCUUAUUGAAUAAUAUUUAUGUAGGCCUGUUUCGGCCUCAGAGUUAGGAACUGGAUUUAAAUGAUAUCUUAUACAGUAUAUUAUGAUUCUCGAGACAAGAACAAGUAGUUUCAUGUAUUUUUAAUUAAUUUUAUUAACUCAAGACAAAACAUAGUAGGCCCUAUUUUUAAAAUUAAAAUAUAAUAAAAUUUUGUGUAAUUUUGUGUUAACUAUGGUAUUCUAUGGGAUUUUCUUUUUUAAGUUAAGAGUCCCCCUCUCGGCGGUACCAGUCCCCUGUCGGAGAAGAGCUGGCGCCACGACUGCAACCCAUACGCUCGCAAUCCUCACACAUACGGUAGCACUGCUCGCACUGAACAGUUUUUAAUCCCUAAAAUCUAACAGCUUAGUAGAUCAUGCUUGAAUUGUACUUUCGGUGCUCGAAAUUUGAUUUUUCCUGACGACCUUGCUGGAAAUUCCCCGACAGGAGGGUCCAAGUGGCGUCCAGAUACCCCGACAGGGACUCUUUGCCCCCCCCCCCCGUACCCACGCUAGCGUCGCCCCUGACUGAUAUGCUGCUGCUGACGAUGACAGAAGCGACAACUGUGGUGAUAUUGAUGAUGAUGAUGAUGAUUAGGUACCAGAUACAAAUAUUUAAUUGUAAUGUUAUAUUGUUAUGCUACUUUACCUUUUUGGUUGAUGAAUACCGAACUGUUUGUUUAAAAAAAUCCUGGAUUAUCAUUCCAUCUUUUUUAUUAGGUUUUUUUCUAAAAAAAAUGGUUAUAGAAAAGUAUUUGUUUUAUAUUGUAUUUCAAAGAAAAAAAAAUUGUGGAUUACUAGUAGGCAUAUAGAAUAAAGAAAGUGGUUUGGGCAUAGUCUG